AGUGGUGGAAUAACAACGGAGAGUGGUAGGAUAACAAGGGGAAGUGGUGGGAUAACAAGGGAAAGUGGUGGGAUAACAAGGGAAAGUGGUGGGAUAACAACGGAGAGUGGUAGGAUAAAAAGGGAAAGUGGUGGAAUAACAACGGAGAGUGGUAGGAUAACAAGGGAGAAUGGUAGGAUAACAAGGGGAAGUGGUGGGAUAACAAGGGAGAAUGGUAGGAUAACAAGGGAAAGUGGUGGGAUAACAACGGAGAGUGGUAGGAUAACAAGGGAGAAUGGUAGGAUAACAAGGGGAAGUGGAGGGAUAACAACGGAGAGUGGUAGGAUAACAAGGGAAAGUGGUGGGAUAACAAGGGAGAAUGGUAGGAUAACAAGGGAAAGUGGUGGAAUAACAACGGAGAGUGGUAGGAUAACAAGGGGAAGUGGUGGGAUAACAAGGGAGAAUGGUAGGAUAACAAGGGAAAGUGGUGGGAUAACAUGGGAAAGUGGU